AUGUCUAGAGGUCUGAAAAUGGUCGGAAUGUGUAACUUAACAACUGGAGAUAUAGCACCAGGAGCUAAUUAUCUGUCUCCUAACCAGGAAAAAUGUCCACAGCAUAUUUUAUAUAUGGGUAAUACAUUGGAAAAGCCCAUUAGUCAUCAAGAAGAAAUUACUGAAUGCUUUGAAACGAAUGUAAAUCUUGAAUCAAAUAAGAUUGUUUCUCAUGAAUUGUCACCUAAAACUAAUGUGAGCCUUGAUCGGAAUAAUUCUGUUGCCCAUAAAUUGCCAUCAGCUAACGAAGAAGUGAACUUAGAUCAUCAAAAUAUUUAUCAGAUCGAGAACCCAAUAGCCAACAACUUAAGCAGCGAUGAUUCUGGUAAUGACUUUUCUCCAUACGAGUCUGAAUAUAAUCCAGAAAGCUCUGAGUAUAACAAAUGCAGUUCUUCAGAUGAUGAUAUAGUUUCAAAAAAGUAUAAAAGUCAAUUAUAUGCCAUUAGGCCGUUAGCAAUGUACAAUAUUAUGCCCAAAACCGAUUUAGUGGAAAAAGAAAUAAACAAGUUUUAUACAAAGCUAGCAAAAUGCGACUUACUUGAAAUUCCGACGUGCAGAUUUAGCCGUCGGAGGCCUCCAAAUGUAAGAAGAGGUACGGACUGGUACAUCUCCAAAAAUAAAUGUAUGGUUUUUCAAUACAAAAACAGUAAAUUUUGGAACAACGUCACAUCAUCGUAUCCUUAUGGAAUCGAUCAUAAAGUGGUAUUAGUACCCAGGCCAGAAAAAGUACCACAAUACGAACAUUUUUUAAAAGUUUUUGAUGUCGAUGUAAUCCUUCUAAACCUUUUAGCGACUCUUGGAAUCUGUUAUGUUUUAUAUAUAGGAAAUCGCACUAGCCACAUGGGCGUCACGGACUAUUUCUUCAAUAUGCUUCAGAUUUUGUUUAAUUCGUCGAUGCCCAAUUUGCGCAAAAUAACGGGAUAUGUGAAAUAUCUUUUAAUGCUUUGGGUGUUUUGUAUGUCUGUGAAUAACACGCAAUUUAAUUGUUUACUAACUAGUAUGUUGGUCAGUAGCCGAGCUCAGGAGCCAAUAAAAACUAUCGAAGAACUUAGUAAAAGUAAUUUUAGUAUUUAUAUUCAUGAGUACUUCAUUCGCCGUGGGUACAUACCAAGUUCACUUGGACUGAAUGAUAAAUUUAUAAGAAUGGAUGAUCAACCAGAAAAUAUGUUGUACUCUAAGUUUCAAAACAACUGUGCCUUUGUGGUUCGUAUUGAUGCAGCCAAGUUCUACAUCAAUUUUCAUAAGAACAAAGAUGGGCAAUCUCAGUUUGCCAUAUUGAAGGAAUCAUUGAUACCCGGAAUAGAUGGUUACACCCUGCAGAAGAAUUCACCACUGAUAAGUUUAUUAAAUUUUAGUCAGUGUGUAAGAAUUUUAGGAAUAUUUCCGACACCUUCAUACAGUCACCAAUUAGUUUUCCAACCGCUUUGGAAAGAGUUGUCGUUACGAGGCCACAAUGUCACCGUUAUCACUACUCAUUCCCUUGUUGACCCAAACUUAACAAACCUAACAGAAAUAGACAUUUCUUUCACGUAUAAUUUGUUAUCAAAGUACGGAUGGCCAAAUGCAUAUAUCAAUUUGCCUUCAACGUUGCAUAAACUGGAAUACAUGUGUAAUUUCGGAAAUAAUUUGUCCACGGAAAUCUUGGAAUAUGGACCAGUGCAAAAUAUUCUUGACCAGCAUCAUGGUUUUGAUUUGGUGAUGUUGCAAUUGUCCACUACCACAAAUUUGCUGUUGUAUAGCUUGGCAUUCAAAUACCAUGCUCCAAUUGUUGACUCAUUAAACUUUAUCCAGUGCGUUAGAAUUUUGGGAAUCUUUCCCACACCCUCAUAUAGUCACCAGAUCGUUUUCCAACCGAUAUGGAAGGAGUUGUCAUUACGAGGCCACAAUGUCACCGUCAUCACUCCUUAUCCCCUUUGUGACUCAAGUUUAACAAACUUGACAGAAAUAGCCGUUUCUUUCGUGUACGGUAGAGUAGCAAAGUACGGAUGGCCAAAGGAAUAUUUGAAGUUUCCUUCAACGGUGCAUAGACUGGAUUACGUGCUUAAUUACGGAAAUGACGUGACAAUGGCAGUUUUGGAAUAUGGACCAGUACAACAUAUCAUUGAUCAGCAUGAUACGUUUGAUUUGCUGAUAGUGCAGCUGUCAUUCAACUUAAAUUUGCUGUUGUAUAGCUUGGCGUUUAAAUUUCAUAAUCCAAUUGUUGUUGAAAUGAAACAAAACGAGGCGGAAACAACUAAACCUGACGAUGUUGGAAGCAAUGAGGAUAAGAUCAAAAAUAAAAUGCAUAUUCUAGUAACAUAUAUAUUCUAA